GAGAGAGAAACCCAGACACCAACAACUCUCAGGCUGAAGCUCACGCCCUCACCCUCCACCAUGAAGGUCUCCGCUGCCCUUCUGUGCCUGCUGCUCACUGUGUCCACCUUCAGCACCCAGGUGCUGGCUCAGCCAGAUUCAUUUGGUUUCGCAGUCACCUGCUGCUAUGAUUUCAUCAAUAAGAUCAUCCCCAAACCGAAGCUGGUGAGCUACAGAAGAGUCACCAGCAGCCGCUGUCCCAAAGAAGCUGUGAUCUUCCAGACGAGACAGAUGAAGAAAGUCUGUGCCGACCCUAAGGCGCCGUGGGUCCAAGACGCCAUGAAGCACCUGGACAAGAAAAUUCAAACUCCAAAGUCUUGAACAGUCACUCCGCAACCCGAGAAUCUGAACCUAAUUUAUUUUCUUCUGGUUUUCCCUAAAUACACCCCGAUAUUAUUUUAUUAUAUUUUGAAAGAGUGUGAACAUUUUUUAUCGAUAUGAAACAUGAUGCUUUAGGUAAAUUUAACCUUAUUUAAGUUAUUAAUGUUUACAUUUAUCUUGACUACUAGUGUUUUUUAGAUAUGGAGACAUAGGUGAAUUGCUUUCCUCUGUGAACUCCAAUUCCACCCUGGGACGGUAGGGGGAUCCUUGCAAGAAUCGUUAAUGCAAACACUUGUUUUAAAUUCCAAGGUAUUGCGAAAAAUGUUAUUGUGGAAAUGUAUGACAUGUAACUAUUGAACAAUAUAU